ACGUUACUUUCUGCACAAUCAGCAAAUUUUAUGAAGGAUCUGAUCGCCAUGUCGGUUACGAUGGUUACACCAUUUGCCAGUAUCCCAUCCUAUUGUCAUCGUCAUCGUCAUCAUCACUGCCCUCAUAUGGAUCAUAACUGCCCUUAUAUAGACAACGAUAACAACGACAGCUCUUCUAACAUCUCAUUAUCGUCUAUGACCUUUCGUAAGCAUUCGGUGACGACAAUCAGACGGAUGAUGUCAGAACCGGAUCGUCCAUCAUCGCAUCAGUGUUGCCACCCCGACCACAGGUCGUGCCCCGAUAUACAAGAAGGAGAAUCGACGCUGGUGGCUCCACCUACCGGAAGUUGUCAACUAUGUAGCGGCAGUGGCAAGCGGCCGUCGCCAGAGUACAGACAUGGAUCGGACACGUCCAGGACCCCCUCGUACUGUGCGGAAAGCGAAGAAAUUGCAUCAAUUGCUGCCGAUUCUCUAAGGGCUAAUGGUGUUAUCUGCCCAUUUAAACAGCUGCAGAAACCAGUUAUGAACAGCGAAAACACUAGCAUAGUUAUGGCAAGUAACACGGAAUAUAAUCCCGUCAACGACGAAAAGUCGAACCGUUUUCAGAAACCGGGUGUCGGUUACCGUUUAGGGAAAAGGAAAAACCUUUUCGAAAAGAGGAAGCGCAUAAGUGACUAUGCUCUAGUAUUAGCAUUAUUGGGUAUAAUAUUAAUGGUGAUAGAGAACGAGCUAUCAGCAGCUAACCGCCAGUUUAAGGAAACUAUAUAUUCCUAUUCUAUCAAAACUAUGAUUACUGUAUCAACUUUGGUUCUGCUUUGCCUCAUCGGAGCUUAUCAUGCCUUGGAAGUUCAAGUACGGUUAUUUAUGAUCGACAACUGUGCAGACGAUUGGAGGAUAGCAAUGACUCCACAAAGAAUGUCAACUAUUUUCCUAGAGAUAGUUAUUUGUGCCGUCCAUCCUAUUCCAGGAGAAUAUGUAUUCACUUGGACCAUAAAAGUGGUAAAUCACGGAAGAGAACCAAGAACCGAAGACGUGCCUAUAGAUGUAGUUCUCUCUCUUCCUAUGUUCCUUCGCCUAUACUUAAUUUGUCGAGUGAUGCUUCUACACAGUAAGCUAUUUACAGAUGCAUCGUCAAGAACAAUGGGAGCAUUGAAUAGGAUUAAUUUUAAUACAAGAUUUGUAUUGAAAACUUUAAUGACAAUAUGCCCAGGAACUGUUUUGUUAGUAUUUAUGGUUUCUCUCUGGAUAAUCUCCAGUUGGACAAUGCGAUUAUGUGAAAGGUAUCACGAUGCUGAACAUGCCAAUCUGUUGAACACCAUGUGGUUGACUGCUAUCACUUUUUUAUCAGUUGGUUAUGGUGAUAUAGUACCAAACACGCAUUGCGGUAGAGGAAUUGCUGUUUGUACCGGUUUAAUGGGAGCCGGUUGUACCGCUUUGGUCGUCGCGGUAAUAGCACGGAAAUUAGAACUAACUCGAGCAGAAAAACAUGUUCAUAAUUUCAUGAUGGAUACUCAGCUUACUAAACGGUUAAAAAAUUCGGCAGCAAAUGUAUUGAGAGAAACUUGGUUUAUAUAUAAAUAUACUAAACUAGUUAAGAGACCAAAUCCAGGGAAAUUAAGAGCUCAUCAGAGAAAAUUUCUUUUGGCAAUUUACAGUUUAAGAAAAGUUAAAAUGGAUCAAAGAAAAUUAAUGGAAAAUGCAAAUACCAUCACCGAUAUGGCAAAAAUGCAGACUACAAUGUACGAACUUAUAAUAGACAUGAACCAGAGACAAGAAGCUAUGACAGAUCGAAUAACUUGUUUAGAAGAUAGAUUAAGUUGCAUUCAAGAGCAGUUGAGUGCUUUGCCCGGGGUUAUAUCUAACCAAUUAGGAAACCCAGUAACAACGACAACUACUACUACUACACCGCCGGCGACAACUACACAAGCGACAAAUACUCAGACUCCAGCACCUCGUUUCUGUUCGGCACAUCAGAGGCACUUAAAUCCCGAUGACGUCUCCGUAUCACUUUAUCCUAGGCCAAAUUGGCAACUUGGACAGUUUCCUAUGAGAAGAAGAAGAGCCUCUUACUAUCCGUUUGUCGGCAGUAGAACGCAAUCUAGUGAAAAUUAAAUUAUUUUUAAACAGGACACACAAAUAUUAAUUUCAAUAUAUAAAAAUAAACGUAUACAUAUAUAUAUAUAAAUAACAACGAAAUUUUAUUUAAUAAUUAAUUCCUAAUUACACGUGGCCUUGAUGUGUAAAAAACAAGGGGCAAGAUUUAAGGAAGAAUAAAGGGGUAAAGUCACUUUUGUUGACUUAACAUUUCCUAUUUUUCUGCAAGAAAAAGUUUGCUUUUAUAUUUUUAAUUUAAAUUAUUUAUAUUAUCGAAAAUUAUAUAAAUUUAUAAUAAAUAAAUAAGGAAAUGUUUUAACGUACGAUUGGCUCCUGAUAUAAAUUCGUGCGAUGUAAUUGGACAAGUUUAAAUUAGACGUUUUGAAAGGGCCAAUUAACAACGCUCUUUUACUGAUGCAAAAGUAUCAAAAAAAGAAAAGCCCAUUUGUACUCUGUACAAACGAAACGCAUACACAUCUUUUAAACAUAGUUCAAAGAAUCUCUACACAUUUUAAGGAUUCACUUCAACGGUCCCUACAUCGUGAAAAUAAGACGUGUAAAGUAUAAUUUAAAAUAGUUAAGUAUAUGUAGCAAACAGAUAGGAUACUCAUAGUUUCAUGCAAUGACAAGCUUCCAUAGUCUUGUGAUUGAAAGGACCGUCCAUAUAUAGAAUUUCACCUGGUUAACCUAUACAUAAGAAAAAAAAUUAUAAAUUUCCAUAAAACCCCAUUAUUUUUGGUUUACCUUGUGUGGAAAGUAGAUAGAGACAACAUUAAAGUAAUUUAUCUUUCUCAUAAUGAUAAUCAAUGGGAAAGAAGAGCAAAACAAAACUAUAUGCAAAAACUAUAUUUAUAUUUAUAAUAUUUUUUGCAAACAAUUCUGUAAUUGUGGAUUAUUUUUUAAACUUUUCAUUAAAAAAAAAGUACACGUCUGUACAUGGUUUGAAUCGUUGUUUCUCCGAUGGUUUUCGUUGUAAUUCAGUCCAAAAAGUCAUUCCAAAUUAACGUUACUGUUACGUUCUUUCGGAAUAAAUUUUCCAAUAUAAGAUAGAUUUUCUGUUUAAAAAAAACCCAUUGUUUUUUUUGAAAAGUCAUCAGAGAAACAACAAAAAGUAAAUUUUAAGUUGUACAGAGUCGUGUACUUUUUAAUUCCGAUUGUUUCUGUAAAUAAAUCCUUCCGUGUAAAGUGUUUUUUUUUAGGAUUGAUAAUAUAUAUUUCUUAUAUAUUUAAUGUUUACUAUUUUUUUCGAAAGAGAUGUCCUUCGUUUUCAGUCUACCUUCGAGUGAAUUUGUUUUAUAGCAACGAUAAAUCCCCAAGGAUUAGCAAGUUCUUGGGUUUGUAAAGUGCUUCAAGUUUUUUCUCGACACUGUAAAAAUACAAACAAGAAAAUCAAAAUGUAAUUAAAGAAAUGACAAUUUCGAAUAUUUUUCAUGUGAAUAAAAUUAAAAUAUA